AUGGCUAGAAGGAGAAGUGAAACUGCUGCAGAAACCUCAAAGGAGAUCAAAACGAUAGGAAAAUUUAGCAGACCCAAGAAGUGUAUGAAGACAAGUGCUAAGAAAUUUCAUGAAUCUGGGAAACAUAAUAGUAAAAGAGAGGAGAAGUCCCCUUCUACAUGUUCAGACGAGUCACCAUCUUCUCAAGUUCUAAGGUCGAUAAUAACCAAAGAUGGAGCUCAAGAAGUACCUGUCCUGGAUCUCCAUUCGGGUAAAGAGGUUCGACUUUCUGGAAAAAUGAAGUUGCAGCUCUUUCCUCUGGAUGCUCACACCCGUGAAGGAUUGGAAAAGGACGGCUUUCACCCGUAUUUGGAACUCACGCUUAGCUCUCGGAAGAAGGUUUCAUCAGUGCUUCAACACAUUCACAGUAAGUGGGGCAGCUCAGAGAUUGCUCGGGGAGAUCCCACGUUGUACCCAUAUGACAAAUCGGUACUCGCUUCUGGUCAUAAAUGGAUAGCAAACAGCAACAUCACUAUAAAGGAUGUCUAUAUGGCUAUAGGAGCUCCAUCUCUGUUCCGCUUAAGGUAUGGAUGGUCCUCUGAGACUUGUAAUAAAACAGAUGAACCGCUUUCUCCAUCAACUCCAGGUAUCACUUGUUUUCCAAAUGACGAACCUCAGAACAACACAGAGAGAGCCAGUUUUGGAGGAAAUCAGAUGUUUCGUUUGGAUAAUCCAUUUACAAUGGCGUCCUCUUCAAAUCAAGUGACUGAGCCGCCUCCUUUUGAAAACGCACCUCCUGUUGGACAAGUCGAGUCAGCGGAGAAGAAGAUCAACGAUGGAUCUGGCCCAACGUUUUUUUCAUGGGAUGAUGGUUUAACAAGCUUAAGCAUUGGAGGCUUACUUUCAGAAGUAUCUUUGAAGGGAAACUUUGGGAAUCAUGGCAAAAAUUCAAACGCAACUCUCUGGGUGGACAAUCUCACAAACAUAAGCAUCGGAGGUCUGUUUUCCGAGGCAUCUUUACAAGCCAUUAACCGUGAACAAGUAUCAACUCGGAACAACAAUAAUGAUCAGCCAAGUAUGCUUUGUGAAGCAUCGGAUCUAUCGAGAAACAAAACAUGGGAGACAAGGAGAGCUAUCUCACAGCAACCAUUUCCUAUAAUCUCUGAUUCUUUAGAUGCUUUCCUCGUGAACCAAACAGAUCAGCCUCGAGCUCCAUCUCCCGCACCUCCUCCUUCCGCGGUGUCACAUUCGUCUAUACUCGAUGCAGAAGACACAUGCCAUGCGUUUUCAUUUCGAAAACGUACUACAACCUCACAGAAGGUUCUUGAGCAGGUGAGUGAAGAAGCUGAGGAGCAGCGACAGAAAGAUGAAUCGAAACCCGCGAAAGGGUUGUUUAACCAGGACAGCAGCCUUGGAUUUUCAGGAAUCAAGUGGGCCGACUCACGGGGACCAUUUGAUUUCGGAUUAUCUUCUUCUCGAAAGUUUACAAAUGGUGACAGCGUAAGCUUCGGCGCUCUGCUGAAAGAUUUGUAG